AUGACCGCCACCUUUCCCCUUCGAUGGGGCGUACUCAUGGCUCUUAUCAUGAGCCUGCUCUUCUCGCUUGGUGUCGCGCUCCCGGCACCAGAGCAGUGGAAAUCGGAGUAUGGUCCACCGGCGCCGUUCAAGACGGCUGAUUCUGCUGGCGCUUUCACUGGCUCUUUCACUGGUCAUCACCCUCGGCUUGAUCAUUGUUUCCCUCUUUUGCACCAUUGUUUGUCUACCGAAGACAGAGAUAAUUGCAGGAACCGGUUUAACGGCUGCUUGGACAAGAAGAACGACACGGUCGCUACGGCAGUCGCCCCAACCACAACAUCGGUCCCGAACUUGGAGUCCUUAAAGGUCUUGCCAAGCAGAAUGGUGUCAACCCCGUCGACAACGGCUGUUGCGAGCUUGGAGGACACCAAGUACGUUCGUACUGGGGCCGAGAACCACACCACCAUGGAGCGUUGGCAACCUAGCCAAAGCAGUCCUGCCGGCGCCAGCCCUACUGGCACCGGCCAAGUCCCAAGCCAAGACGGUCUCGGUCAAGCCAUCGUGGUCAACGCCUGCCCCUUCGCCGUGAUGAGCAACAUCGUGCAUCCUCCACGUGAAGGCUCCGACGAAGCACCGGAAGAAAUUUUGAGUACCCUCGCUCCCGGCGCAACGGAAACCCAUCCAUUCGUCCAUGACCCGGAAAUGGGUAUCAGCUGGAAGAUCUGGCGCACGGACAUCGAGAAUCAGAGUCCCGUCCAGUUCGAAUGGGCGUGGGUCCCAAACGUGCAGCGCACAUGGUGGGAUCUCAGCAUGAUCGACGCCGGCGAGGUCGAUUGGUUGAAGAAAACAGACGCCGGAAAGCAGAUCGUUGGCGACGCGGAUGGUUACGGGGAAUACGUUGGUCAGGUCGGUGUUCUUCACCCUUUUGCGGACGAGGGCAUGUCGCUUGUGCCAGAUGUCGCCGAGGGCAAUUGUAUAGCGAUUUUCUGUGAGCCGGGUCAGGAGUUCUGCAAGAACGCGUACAACGUCUGGAACGACUGGGGCCAGCAGCAUGAUUGUCCGGAGCAUGCCAAUCUGAAACUGACGCUAUGCGGUUGA